GUCGGUCGCAUGCUACAUCCUGUCUGUUCGGCAACCUUCAUCAGAGUAACGUGCCAAAAUGAAAUCAUUGCUGUAUCAUCGCCAUAAGUCUAAGCAGGGACACAAUCGACCAAACAUUGUAAUGCGAAGUGCUUGAGCAAAACACAAGCGUUCGGGCGAUGCAAGGACAUCAAGCAGAAAAACACCCAGCUAGAGCAAACACAACACGGCAAGCACGUGGAGACCUUCGUGUGGCAGUGAACACGGGAGACACACGCAUAUCGCAGACACUCGCAAGCAGUCAGGCAUGCACACAUACACAGACUCCAUGCACAACACACGCAACAUCAUGCACAUGGCAUGCAGAUCCACCGCGGCCCGCCAACUCACUGCCCAGAGGCGUGGCUGGUGUGAGGCCUGUGUGGGCCUGUUAGCCAUAAUCAAUUUAAUCAGCCUUUCUCAGCCAUUCAAUCAUUGUACACAAAUUACUGAAAUAAACAUACCAACCUACGACGUGUACACACAUCGCCAUACACUCGUCCGUAUAUGCCCAGAUAUAGACAUAGUACUUCAAUAAAUAAAAACAUGUUGCAGACAGAACUGACACCACAGAUGUGCAAUCCUCAAAACGGGGUAAGAUCCUCAACAUUCAUUAUGGCGCCUUUCAUGUUGUGUCCUUCUUUCUUUUUCCCUUUUUUGUCGCCCACUCCCCCUCUGCCUGUCUGUCUGUCUGUCUGUUUCCCUGCAUGCUUCUUUCUGUGUCUCCCUAUCGCCUUUUCCUGCCUGCCACCCUCUAUGCCUCCUCUUUUUGUGUCAUUGUCAAGUGACCACGCUUACGAAGAGAUACAUUAUCGUCAGUUUCGAAUAUUUGAGACAGCCACCCCCCACCUCUCACUGUCUGUCUUUUGAACGGGCGGUGGCACAAGCAGCCCCUUUGUUGUCCCUUCUUGUUCGCCGCGACCCUGCUACGCCGUUGUUAUAUCACGACACACCGCACAGGCAUUUGUGUGCUUUGUGCUACUCACCUUAUCCCAGUUGACCAGGUCCCACCAUGCAGCCGGCAGAUAUGGCAUUGGUCCGCCUGCACAGAUCCAUUAAGAAGAAGACCAAUAGUUUGUUUGCUAAUCAUCAUGUCUGCUACCGUAGAGCACGACCGCAUUAAUAUUAUUUCCACCCAGCACCACAUCAUUAUAGCCAUCCCCGUUAAUGUCGCCCCUGCAUGUGGUGUGUGAGGGACAAAAGUGACAACAGGAGAUCGCAAUUUGUCUUCUUACCCUUGACUGGGAAAGCAGGUCUUUUCAUCCGAAGUCGGGUUACCAUAGCGAAUACGAAAGCCAUUUGUGCCGUCCAGAGCGGCAGAUCGAAAUCGAUCGCACGGGUCGCAGUCGCCUGCCAUGCCGAGUUGCCGAAUACGAUAUAGCACUGCCAUUGGGGAUCGGCUGAAUGCGACAAUUGAUCACACAGGGACUGUCGCAUGUCGUUUUGUCUCUUCUUACUGUGCAAGUCGCCGCCAGAGAUGGCGAAAUCAGGUAUAUUGUCACCUACAGCAUACAGUCGGAGACACGGACACACAGGAGACGUCAUUUAUUCGCUUAUAGCACACGCCUGCGGUCGUACCAUUGAAGUCUCCCAAUCCCUCGACGUUGAAGCCAACUUCAAUCCGAUCCUGAUGCCAAUCGCUAGUUGUACGCAGGACGGAAUCAUAGAAACGGACACCGUCACUGACAAAUGAGAGAGAGGCGGAUUUUCGCAUAUAGCUUCUUGUGUCCCAUCAGGCUUGCGAUCCCAGUGUAUAUUUCGGUGCACCAAACGACUUAUCCCCGUGCCGCCCAAAGAUCAGGAAAAUCACGCCUGUCGAUUCUCCUGUGUGCUUUUUCGAGUUGUCGGAGAUGAGAAUGUCGUCGAAGCCGUCGUCGUUGACGUCGCCGAUGAAACCGGCGAUCUUUAUGCUGCUAGAGUCAUAGAUGACGACCCCGUCCUCUGAUUCCCGAAUGACGAAUCCUCCUGAGCCGUCGAGGUUGAAGAGGUUGAUGGUUUUGGCCGGCUCUUCCUCGAGACGCCGGACGUUGCUGGCAUUGUCAACGGCCCUCACAGAUGCUUGAAUUUCAAGGCAGAAGAAGCAGAACAGAAGGCCCAGCGAAGCCCGAAACAGUCUGGCCAAUGGCAUGUUUCCUGAGGCACAGCAUGGGAAGCAGACAUACAACACAUGUGCUUCACAUCCAUGACCAUGUCUGCUCACACGACUUGAGGCGGGGGAUGCUGCUCGAAUCGUUGACAGCUGCGCAAGCAGGAAGCGUUCUGCGGAGACUGGG